ACGCCGCCGUCGCCGUCGCAACGCCGUCGUUCCCGUCUGGAGGCGCGUCGUAACUAAUCUAUAAAAUUUGUCAUGCUUGAUGUGCCAUUUUCUGUCUCUGUUUGUUUUACAUCGAAAGCAGGAAGAAUUGCAUAAACAAAUGUCGAAUUCUAAUCAAAUUGAUGUUAUUAACGCACCUAACCUAGACAUCAGUGAAGUAAAUCAGGCAUUUUACUUAAGCUUAUCUGAAUUUCUUUAUGACAAAUCAGUGUUUUAAAACCAUUAGGAAUAAUGUGCAACUGAAUAUUAUAAAACACCCAAUAUACAAACCAUGGAGGGUUUCCUUCGCGUGGACUCAAACGCCGGAACAUCGUCGCCAUCCUUUAACCUUGAUAACGCCGAUGCCACCUCAAUAUGUCCUUUGAUAACGCCAUCACCUCCCACCAAUGCUCUAGUUGAUCCACAACCAGAGCCUAAGAAACCCAGUUACCAAAUUGGAGAGGAAUUGGCUGAGAAACUGCAAAAAGUUCAUGAUAAGGGAGAUGUCGACUCAAUUUCAUCGGCAUCUUCUUCGGAACUUCCAGCCUCUUCUCAGCUGCUGGAAGGGAAUAACUUCCUUGGAAAGCCCAUAGAUGAGGAAGUAGGAGCUGAGGGAGGAAAGGUCACACCCUUAGAACUAACGUUCCGCAACCCCAUCGAUGAUUACUUCUUCACGUCCUGGAAUUGGCCACUUAUCCGGAAAGUUUCCCUGUACUUCUACAUAUCAGCAUUGAUCGGCAUGGUUGCACUGGUCGUAGGACUGAUUGCAACUUUACCAAAAACUUGUAACCCACCCACUGAAUGGCACCAGGGAAAUUUAUUCUACGAAAUAUUUCCUGCUAGUUUUUACAGCAGUCAACAACGGUCCAAGGGUGAUUUAAAGGGUAUCGCCUUAAGGGCCGAUUAUUUGAUGCGACUUGGCGUACGAGGGGUGAGAUUAAACCCUAUUUUUACAUCACCUGACUAUCCUAAUGAUUCUGACAACCCUUUAAGCCUUAUAGAAAUCGAUAGAGACUUGGGCACCAUAGAAGAUUUUAAAAAAUUAGUUAAAGAUCUGAAUUCACGCAAUAUUUCUCUUAUUUUAGACUUACCAGUAUCGUCAUUUAUUGAGAAACCUGCUCCUAAAAAAGUGACAAAUAAAAUUGUUUUAUCAAAGAACGGUACCGAAGAAGCACCAGAUCUUUCUAAUAUUGGUAAUGACUUAAGUCACGUAGAUGGGGCUUUGGAGUAUUGGAGGCUGCAUGGAGUGAAAGGAUUCUACUUGAAGGGUCUAGAGACUCAUGCAGCAGAAUAUCAAACUGCUCGACUUUUAAGGAGAUGGAAGAAACUUAUACAACCAAAUCAAAUUUUUAUUGUAAGUGAAGAGGUUAUCAACCUUACACCAAAAGAAAACAUAAAUAUUGUUCUUAAUAACGUUGAUUUAGUUGAUGUGAAACUUGAUAUAGAAAAAGGUGUUGCCAGAAUGAUAGCUCAAAUCGAUGCUAUACAAAAUGGGACCUUAUUUAGCAAACCAGGAAUGCCAUGGGUACAUUGGUCAAUAGGAAACAUGUAUUCACCUCGAGUAGCAAGUGUCAUACCCCAUGGAAAUCCCACCCUUGGAGUUAUUUUACUGCAAAUGAUGCUUCCUGGUACACCAUCUAUUUUUUAUGGAGAUGAAUUGGGUCUGCACGACAUAUCUGAUCCACACAAGGAAAGGCAAGAUGUAAAACACCUCCACCAAUUAACCAUGAUGCCAUGGAAAGGGGUAAAGGAGUCUAGAGUGCUCCCAUGGAUGUAUGGUGGUAAAGUCAUAGCCAAUUUUGAGCAAAUUGAUGCCAUUAUGAAGAUGGUUGAGCUACGUAGUCGAUCUCCUUCAAUAUAUAUGAACGCCGUUUACAAGCAAGGGGUCAAUAAGGCCAAUGCUGAAGUUAAAUACACAAAAGGAGACUUUGUGGCUAUUCAAAGAUGGUACCCUCGAAGGAAAUCUUAUGUGGUUGCCAGCAAUCUUGGAAGCCGCAAUUUUUCAGCUGACCUCUCUUUGCUGCUGUAUACUGGACAGGUCGUGGUUGGGCCUAAGGUCAACUCCACACCAGAAGAAAUUUCGUUUAAGCAAAUCAAUUUAUUCCCUGGCGAGUCAGUUGUUAUUGUUUUAGAUUAAGUAUUCUCUUGUUAUGUUACAAAUGUCGUUAGAAUAGAUUAAAGUUGCCAAAUGUAAAAAAAAGAAUAAUAAAUUAGUUUUGAAAAC